AUGAAGACCUUCCUCAUCCUUGCCCUCCUUACCGUGGUGGUAACCAUGGCCAACGCCACUGUGCAGCUUAACCCUACAAGUCAAUAUCAACCAUUUCCGCGACCACAACAACCAUUUCCGCAGGAACAACAACAAUUUCCCGAGCAACAACAACCAUCCCUGCAACAACAAUCGUCUUUCCAGCCAAUUCUACAACAAGAGUUGAACCAGUGCCGAGAGUUCCUCGUGCAGCAAUGCAAACCACUGUCAAUUGUCUCGAUCCUUCGGCCGUGGAUCUUUCAACAGAGCAACUGCCACGUGGUGCAGAAACAAUGUUGCCAGCAGCUGGCGCAGAUUCCCAAGCAGCUCCGGUACCCUGCCAUACAUAGCGUGGUGCAGGCCAUCAUCAUGCAACAACAACAACAAUUCUUCCCACCUCAGCAGCAGCAGGUGGAUCAAGGCUUCUUCCAGCCACAGCCACAACAGGUGGUCCAGAGCUUCAUCCAACCACAACAACUAGCUCAGUUCGAGGCGAUGAGGAAGUUUGCGCUGCAGACCCUGCCAACAAUGUGUAAUGUGCAGGUCCCGCCGUACUACCCCACCGCCCCGUCCAGCCGCGUCUUUCCCUUUUGA